AUGGAUGGGGCCGUUGUCCGCAUGGAUCAAUUAUCUGUGCUGCAAAAAGACAAUGGGUACCAUACCACGUUUGACAAUCUCUUCAGCUCAAUGAAACUUACAGAUGAGCUAGCAAGACUUGGAAUAGCUUGCACUGGAACAACAAUAUCAAACCGCAUUGAAAAUUGUCCUGUGCCACCAGUGAAAGAUAUGCAAAAGAAACGCAGAGAAAUGGAACCUUUUGAUAUUCAGACUGUGCCAGAGAAGGUCCAUGCAACGCAGGAAGAGAAUAUAUAUGAAAGACGACAGAAAUACAGCAAUGUGAAACCAACAGCGUUUUCAAAGGUUGGGACCGACAGGGCUAUAGGAGAGCGUCAGCCUAUUGAGAGCCUGUUGAUAGAUGCCCGCCGCGACGCCUUAGAAAAUAAAGCCUGCUACGACGUCCGAAGUGCCGAGCUUAAUGCUAAGGUCCAAGAAGACACCAUCAGUGAUAGUGAUCACGUGAAGUUUGCACUCGAACGGAACGAGCAGUUUGAGCUGUUGGUCAGCGCGAAUGAGAAACUUCAGGCAGAAAAUUCCGAACUUAAGAGACAGAAGGAAAGUCUUGAGGAUGAGAAACAUAAUAUCAACAAAAAAAAGAACAGGCAGAUAAUGAAGAACGAGAGUUGUCAGCCUCUCAUUAAGCAGCAGAAAAUCAAGAUUGUAAGAUUAAUGGAUGAAAUGGACACCAAAAGGAAGACUACCAAACAGGAGGUUGGUAAAAUUGACCGCCGUGUGAAAGAGAAGGAUACUCACCUUGAUAAACAUGAGCACUCGAGAGAAGAUCUUCAGAAACGCGAGAGACGACAGAACCAGACUCAAGAAAAUGAUGUUUAUAGACUUAUUAGAGAAAAGUACCGCCAGGGAACUGAGUUGGAGAACGAGCAAGAACGUAUUUUGCACGAUUAUGGCAUUGUAAAGGAGAAAAUGCAACAAAACAAUGAAAAGCUGCAGCUGGUUUCUAAAAAGCAUUUGAGUGCUCUAGUCAGAUGUGAAGAUGCUAUAAAACAGGUUGAAUUCGAAAAGAUGCUCCUUGAUACGGAAUAUAACAUCCUGGCCCACAGUCUGUGCAAAGUUGAAGAAGAUAAUGCAAUCCUGGCAAACGCGGUUCAAGACCUGCAGGCCAAACUGUCAAAGUCAAAGCAGGAACAUGCACAAAG